AUGAGCCGAAUAAAAAGUGAUUCCACCACAGAAGUUGUCCGUUUUGAUCCAGACGCCAAUGUGAAAGAGAUCUCAGACCGUGCAUUCUCUAGGAGAGCAUCAAAUAAGGUUUUCUCUUCCAAUCCACGGUUCUCCAAGGAUAAGGUCGGGAAGGAAAAGAGACGACCAAAGAAGAGGAAACUGAUCGAGAAAGUUGAAAUUGACGAAAAGCAGAUUGAAGAUAACGAUGUGGACGACAUCUCGGAGCUUCAGCCAGAGCGUGUCAAGACGAAACUGCAUGUGAAGAAGAUCACAAAGAAAAAAGAGACAUUCAAGCAGAGAAUUGAAGCUAAAAUCCGAGCAGAACUGUUGAAUGCAGAUGAUAACGGGUAAGCUUUUGAUUGUCUUUUUGUGUUCUUGAUUUUAGAUGGAAGGAAGUAGAGGACAGAAUAAUAAAUUUUUGAUUUCUCCAUCAUAAGUAAGGUGUAUGGAUAAAAAUGCAUUUUUUAAGCGGAAUAUAGAUGGUAUAUAGGUCAUAAUUGUAGGAAUAGCAAGGUAAAAGAUCGCUAUUUAAUUUAUUUACAAAAAGUUCAAUAUUUAUCUAGCCCGUCUUUCAGUGGAGUCGAUAUUGAGGAAGGCAAGGAGACCUACUUCCUCGAACAAAAAGACAUCGUCAAUGCCGUCGACACUGCAGCCGCUUCAAAACAUUUUACUCUGGACUUGGAUUAUGGCCCGUACAAGGGAAAAUACAUCCGAAAUGGUCGGCAUCUCCUUCUUGCCGGCCAUAAAGGACAUUUGGCCGCAUUUGAUUGGAUGACCAAAACCCUGCACUGUGAAGUUAAUGUAACCGAAAAGGUCAAUGAUAUCGCCUGGUUGCACUCAGAGAACAUGUUCGCCGCGGCGCAACGACGGUGGACGUACAUUUAUGACAAAAAUGGAGUGGAGUUGCAUUGUGUCAAGAGCUUGUUUAAUGUGCAUUCGUUGGAGUUUUUGCCAAAACAUUUUUUGUUGGUUGCUUUGGUAGGUCAUUUUAUUGGUGUUUUCGAAAUUUUAGGUUGUUUGAGCCGUAAUUGAAGAAUAUAUGAGUGAUUGUUGUCAUGGAUAAUAUAAAAUUUUCAGAGCAAUGAGAAUUUCUUGAGUUAUAUGGACGUCUCGACUGGUGAAAUGGUCCAAUCAUGGAGAAUCAAACAGAAAGAGACCACAUGUAUGACACAGAAUCCAUCAAAUGCAAUAAUUGUUAGCGGAAAUACAAAGGGUAAGAUAAUUUUUUUUAUUUUGAUUUUUUGUUUUUAGGUGUCGUUUGUAUGUGGUCCCCAAACAGUAAAGAGGCCAUAAUCGAGAUGUUAGCCCAUAAAGCCCCAUUGUCUGACCUGGCCAUCAGUCGGGAUGGAAAAAGGAUGGUUACAGUAGGGCUGGACCGUCAAUUGAAGGUCUGGGAUCUGAGGAAUUAUAAGGAAAUGUCGGCAUAUAAACUGCCCUUCCCUCCCAGCCAUGUGACAAUCAGUCAAAUGGGGCAGGUUGCGGUUGGAUGCGGAGUGAACGUUCAGGUGGGUCAUGUGUAAUAUAAAAAUUUAAAAUCUCUGGAUAUGUGUUGGAUGAGAUUGAAGAUAGUGAAAGAAGAAGGUAGAAUAAACAAUUUUAGGUCUAUUCCGACCCAAAUAUCAACACCAUCACCAAGCCAUUUCUCACUUAUCGAGCUCCUUCAAGUGUCUCCAGCCUUCAAUUUUGCCCCUAUGAAGAUGUCCUAGGCAUCGGACAUGCUCAUGGAUUUGCAUCAAUACUUGUCCCAGGCUCCGGAGAUCCCAACUUUGACGCCCUGAGGGAGAAUCCGUACGAAACGAAGAAGCAACGCAGAGAAAGAGAGGUCCGACAGCUCCUGGAGAAACUCCAACCGGAAAUGAUUACUUUGGACCCCACACAGAUCAAUAAAGUCAACCGUUCUGAGCUAGAGAAGAAAAUAGAGUACAGGGAUAGUGUUAUGCAUUGGUCCGACGCCAAACAAAUCAAUAGAGACCCGUCUCGAUACUUUGAAAGGAAGAAGAUCCUCAAGUAG